GGCCGGCGCCGCCACCGCCGCCGCCAUAGAGACUGUAGCCGUGGAGACUGUUACUUGCCAACGCGGAGCGACACGCAGCGGCCGCCGCCGCGGGAGCCGCUACCCGAACUCCCCGCCGAACUCCAGGUCCGAGCAUGCAGAACUCCGAGGGCGGAGCAGAUUCGCCAGCAUCAGUGACUCUGCGACCUGCAGCCCAGCCCGUGCCAGCCUCCCCACAGAGGGUACUGGUCCAAGCCGCGGGCUCGACUCCCAAGGGGGCACCGAUGCAGCCGCUCACCCUCCCCAGAGUCCAGCCGGUGCCACCACAGGUGCAGCAUGUGUACCCCGCGCAGGUGCAGUACGUGGAAGGUGGGGACGCAGUCUACGCCAACGGAGCCAUCCGAGCGGCCUAUGCCUACAACCCAGACCCUCAGCUCUAUGCCCCCAGCAGUGCAGCAUCUUACUUUGAGACUCCGAGUGGCGCUCAGGUGACGGUGGCGGCCUCCUCCCCACCGGCAGUCCCCUCCCACGGCAUGGUGGGCAUCACCAUGGAUGUCGCAGGGACCCCCAUCGUGUCUGGCGCAGGAGCCUACCUCAUCCAUGGGGGCAUGGACAGCGCGAGACACUCCCUGGCCCACACUGCGCGCUCCUCGCCUGCCACGCUUGAAAUGGCGAUUGAGACUCUCCAAAAAAGCGAAGGCCUCGCCCCCCACAAAGGCGGCCUGCUCAACAGCCAUCUCCAGUGGCUUCUGGAUAACUAUGAGACAGCGGAAGGCGUGAGCCUGCCCCGCAGCUCCCUCUACAACCACUACCUGCGCCACUGCCAGGAGCACAAGCUGGAGCCUGUCAAUGCCGCGUCCUUCGGCAAGCUCAUCCGCUCUGUGUUCAUGGGCCUGCGCACGCGGCGCCUGGGGACCAGGGGCAACUCGAAGUACCAUUACUAUGGAAUCCGCCUGAAGCCGGACUCCCCUCUGAACCGACUGCAGGAAGACACACAGUACAUGGCCAUGAGGCAGCAGCCCACACACCAGAAGCCCAGGUACCGGCCAGUCCAGAAGUCAGACAGCCUUGGGGACAGUGGCACUCACAGCAGCCUGCACAGCACACCCGAGCAGGCCAUGGCCACUCAGGGCCAGCAUCACCAGCAAUACAUAGAUGUGUCUCACGUCUUCCCAGAGUUCCCGGCACCUGACCUAGGCAGUGCGCUGCUGCAGGAAAGUGUCACCCUUCAUGAUGUGAAGGCCCUGCAGCUGGUGUAUCGCAGGCACUGUGAGGCCACCUUAGACGUCGUCAUGAACCUCCAGUUUCAGUACAUCGAGAAGCUGUGGUUAUCCUUUUGGAACUGCAAGGCUACCUCUAGUGAUGGACGUGCCUCGCUGCCUGCCAGCGACGAAGAGCCAGAAGUCACCCUCCUCCCCAAGGACAAGCUCAUCUCUCUGUGUAGAUGCGAGCCAAUCCUGCAGUGGAUGCGCAGCUGUGACCAUAUCCUGUACCAGGCGCUGGUGGAGACCCUCAUCCCGGAUGUGUUGCGGCCCGUCCCCAGUUCCCUGACACAGGCCAUCAGGAACUUCGCCAAGAGCUUAGAGGGCUGGCUCAUCAACGCCAUGAGUGGCUUCCCCCAGCAGGCCAUCCAGACCAAGGUAGGUGUUGUGAGCGCCUUCGCACAGACCCUGCGGCGCUACACAUCCCUCAACCACCUGGCUCAGGCCGCACGAGCUGUGCUUCAGAACACGUCACAGAUCAACCAGAUGCUGAGUGACCUCAACCGCGUGGACUUUGCCAAUGUUCAGGAGCAGGCCUCGUGGGUGUGCCAGUGCGAGGAGGGUCUGGUACAGCGCCUGGAGCACGACUUCAAGGUGACCCUGCAGCAGCAGAGCUCACUGGACCAGUGGGCCAGCUGGCUGGACAACGUGGUCACUCAGGUGCUGAAGCAGCAUGCAGGCAGCCCCAGCUUCCCCAAGGCCGCCCGCCAGUUCCUGCUCAAGUGGUCCUUCUACAGCUCCAUGGUGAUCCGUGACCUGACCCUGCGCAGUGCCGCCAGCUUUGGCUCCUUCCACCUCAUCCGGCUGCUGUACGAUGAGUACAUGUUCUACCUGGUGGAGCACCGCGUGGCCCAGGCCACUGGGGAGACGCCCAUUGCCGUCAUGGGCGAGUUCAACGAUCUGGCCUCCCUGUCACUGACGCUGCUGGACAAAGAGGACACUGGGGAUGGGCACAGCAGUGAGGCAGACAUGGAUGGCCGCAGCCUGGGCGAGCCCCUGGUGAAACGGGAACGGAGUGACCCCAGCCACUCACUGCAGGGCAUCUAGCCCCUUCCACGCGCUUCCGGAAGGUGUCGCCUCUAAGGACCUGGACUCUCAGCCUACCACACUAGUGCCUCUUAGAUGAUGCCAUGUUUACUGUGACCCAAGGUGCCCCACCCCUAGAAGGCCACAGACCGUGGGGGACGCGAUGGUCGCUGAAGCUGCUCACAGCCCGCUAAGGUAUCCCUGGGAUACAGCGAACCAUCUGUCCCCUGUCCCAACACCCUUCCCUGCUGCUGCGUGUGCGAGUUGUGAGGUACAUCCCCCCAGAACAGCCCCAGCUGCCCCCAAGGCUUCUCUUCUCAGCUGCUCUCAACUUAAACCAUCCUUUCAAAGAAACACCAACCCUCGGAGCGGGAGGGACGCGCUGCUCACCAGGCACUGACCCCUGUGCUCUGGUCUCCAUGCGCCUCACAGCCUCUCAUGGAUGGGCGAGGCCUCCAGAGGCAGGCCCUGACCUAGAUGGAUCAUCUCGUCUCAUCCCGGACAGGUUCAAGCCAAGAAGAAAACAGACUCCAUGCACAGCCCACUCACAUCAGCCGGUCAAACCGUCCAUGCAGGGUUGGCACCAAGCUAACGCAGUGGGCCUGGGUUGGGUUUGCCCAAGUGGCCACAGUGGUCAGCACCAUGUCCACGCCUCCUAGCAGCACUCAGCAACCUUUGUGUACCACAGUGCCUGGGCCCCGCAGUCUUCCAGACACCACCCUAAACAAGCCAUGCUGUCUGCUCUGGCCUGUGGCUGACCCCUUCUCAACUCCAGCCCCCAAGAUCUCUGGGGACAAAUGAACACCAAGGCUGUGCGGGCCCUGAGUUCUAGACGCCCCAGCUUGUGGCCACCACACCUCACUGCGGUCGCACGUCAAGAAUUCUGCCCCAAACACAAGCUCCCCCCACAACCUAGGAAGCGUCUCAUGAAAUAUGAUAGUUUUUCUCUUUUUGGAAAAAGAUGUUCCCUUGAUA